GUAACGGGUGGCAUUUCUGCAUCUUUUCCCAAAGCUUGCACGCAUUCGACAACAUUACGAUGGUAGACUUUGGCAUUCUUCGUUUUUCUCUGCGCUUCUUCUCUACUUCAUGCCAAAGCGGUGGUUGCAGUGGAUGGGCAGAACGUGCCAGGCUUCGUUUCUAAUCCAGAAAGUGCCUGUCUACUCGGGGAUCUCGCGCUAAGAAGAUGUAAGGACCAAAACAAGCCUCCCCCCCUCCCCCCAAACCAGCACCUUCUUCACAAAAAUGCAGAAGGGAAUUCGACUUAAUGAUGGUCAUGUCACCUACCUGGGUCUUUUGGCAAAGAAAGAUGGCACGAGGCGAGGCUGCUUAAGCAAAAAGAGCUCCGACAACACAAAAUGGCACACCAAGUGGUUUGCUCUGUUGCAAAAUAUGCUUUUUUAUUUUGAGAGCGAGUCCAGCUCGCGACCCUCGGGAUUAUACCUGUUGGAGGGAUGCGUGUGUGACAGGUCGCCCUCUCCCAAACCUUCACUGUCAGCCAAGGAGUGCUUAGAAAAACAGUAUUAUUUCACAGUCAGCUUCAGCCAUGAGAAUCAGAAGGCUCUGGAGCUUCGUACAGAAGAUGUUAAGGACUGCGAUGAAUGGGUGGCAGCAAUAUCACAUGCCAGCUACAGAAACCUGGCCACCGAGCAUGAAACACUCAUGCAGAAGUACCUCCAUCUACUCCAAAUCGUGGAGACCGAGAAAACAGUUGCUAAGCAACUUCGACAACAGAUAGAAGAUGGGGAGAUUGAGAUUGAACGUCUAAAAUCAGAGAUUGCAGCAAUGCUCAAAGACAAUGAGAAGAUUCAGUCGAAUCCCACCACUGCUCCUAGCGAUGAUGAUUCAGAAAUCAAUAAAAUCAAGAAAGUACAAAGCUUCUUGAGGGGUUGGAUGUGUCGGCGAAAGUGGAAGACCAUCAUUCAGGACUACAUCCGUUCGCCACAUGCGGAGAGCAUGAGAAAGAGGAACCAAGUUGUCUUUAGCAUGCUGGAGGCAGAGGCUGAGUACGUCCAACAACUCCACAUCCUUGUCAACAACUUCUUGAGACCGCUUCGCAUGGCUGCCAGUUCCAAAAAACCGCCCAUAACUCAUGAUGAUGUCAGCAGCAUAUUCCUCAACAGUGAAACCAUAAUGUUUCUGCAUCAGAUAUUCUACCAAGGGUUGAAAGCUCGAAUAGCAAGCUGGCCAACAUUAGUAUUGGCCGACCUAUUUGACAUCCUGUUGCCCAUGCUGAACAUCUACCAGGAGUUUGUACGUAACCACCAGUACAGUUUGCAGAUCCUGGCCCACUGCAAGCAGAACCGUGACUUUGACAAGCUGCUUAAACAGUAUGAAGCCAAGCCUGACUGUGAGGAGCGCACGCUGGAGACGUUCCUCACUUACCCCAUGUUCCAGAUUCCUCGUUACAUACUGACCCUCCAUGAGCUGUUAGCGCAUACACCGCAUGAGCAUGUGGAGAGAAACAGCUUGGAUUACGCCAAGUCAAAGCUGGAGGAACUUUCCAGUGAUUACCACCUUCAGCUAAUUUUACCACAUUCAGUGAGCCACUAUUGCUCUUGGUCUUUAGGGAAAUUCAAGAAGGAGAUCCUCACAAAUGGAGUGGUGUCGCUCAUUGACUGCACACUGAUAGAGGAACCAGAGGGCACAGAUGACGAGUCCAAGUCAGACAAGAGCGGUCAGGACAUGGAGCACCUGGAUUUUAAGAUUGUGGUGGAGCCCAAAGACAGCCAGUCCUUCACCAUCAUCCUGGUGGCCUCCUCGCGACAAGAGAAGUCAGCCUGGACCAGUGACAUCAGCCAGUGCAUAGAUAAUAUUCGUUGUAAUGGGCUGAUGAUGAACGCCUUUGAGGAGAACUCUAAAGUCACUGUGCCCCAGAUGAUCAAGUCUGAUGCCAGUCUGUACUGUGAUGACGUGGACAUCCGCUUCAGUAAGAUGAUGAACUCGUGUAAGGUGUUGCAGAUCCGCUAUGCCAGCGUGGAACGCCUGCUGGAGAGGUUGACCGACCUGCGCUUCCUCUCCAUCGACUUCCUCAACACCUUCCUGCACUCCUACCGUGUGUUCACCAGCGCAGACGUAGUCCUUGACAAACUCAUCACCAUAUACAAGAAGCCUAUCAGCGCCAUACCUGCCCGAUCCCUGGAGCUGUUUUUCGCGAGCAGCCAGAACAACAAGCUCCUCUACGGAGAGCCACCUAAGUCGCCCCGUGCCAGCCGCAAGUUCUCUUCCCCACCCCCGCUGGCCAUUACCAAGACCUCGUCCCCCAACCGCCGCCGCAAACUGUCCCUCAACAUCCCCAUCAUCACCGGUGGGAAGGCUCUGGACCUGGCUGCCCUUAGCUGUUCCUCCAAUGGCUAUGCAAGCAUGUACUCCUCCAUGUCCCCUUUCAGCAAGACCACGCUGGACAUUAACAAGCUCUACGUGUCCAGCCCCAUCACCAGCAAGAUUCCUGACGACGGCGAAGGCAAGACUGACAAAGCUGAUGAGGUUUCGCUGUGCAAACAGGACAUUUCAGUGAGGGAGGAAAUCGACAACGACCAGAUCCAGAGUGAUGAGGCAGAGGCUGAAGUGUCGCCCACCAAAUCACCCACCACUCCCAAAAACGUCAAAUGCAAAAACUCCUCAGAAUUCUCUCUGUUCUCGUACAACAAUGGCAUGGUGAUGUCGUCCUGUCGGGAGCUGGAUAACAACCGUAGCGCCUUGUCUGCUGCUUCUGCCUUCGCCAUUGCCACUGCAGGUGCCAACGAGGGCACGCCAACCAAGGAGAAGUACCGCCGCAUGUCUCUGGCAAGCACAGGGUUCCCCACGGAUCAGAGGAACGGAGAUAAGGAGUUUGUGAUUCGUCGAGCAGCAACUAACAGAGUUCUCAAUGUCCUCAGGCACUGGGUGUCCAAACACUCGCAGGACUUUGAAACCAACACUGAGCUCAAAAUGAAAGUGAUUAGUUUCCUGGAGGAGGUGAUGCAUGAUCCUGAACUUCUGACCCAAGAAAGGAAAGCUGCUGCCAACAUCAUAAGGACAUUGACACAGGAGGAUCCUGGUGACAAUCAGAUCUCUCUGGAGGAGGUGCUGCAGAUGGCGGAAGGAGGAAAGUCAGAGCCUUUUGAGAAUCAUUCGGCUCUGGAGAUCGCAGAACAGCUCACCCUGCUGGACCACCUUGUUUUCAAAGUCAUACCAUACGAGGAGUUUUUUGGUCAAGGGUGGAUGAAGAACGAUAAGAAUGAGAAGACACCUUACAUCAUGAAAACGACAAAACACUUCAAUGAUAUCAGUAACCUGAUCGCUACAGAGAUCCUGUACAGUGAGGAUGUGAAUGUACGGGUAGCAGUGAUAGAGAAGUGGGUGGCAGUGGCCGAUAUCUGCCGCUGUCUCCAUAACUACAAUGCCGUGCUGGAAAUCACCUCAUCCCUCAAUCGCAGCUCCAUCUUCCGUCUGAAGAAGACCUGGCUCAAAGUGUCCAAACAGACCAAAACAGUCAUUGACAAGCUGCAGAAGUUGGUCUCAUCUGAAGGAAGAUUCAAGAACCUCAGAGAGGCCUUAAAAAAUUGUGACCCUCCCUGUGUGCCAUAUUUGGGAAUGUACCUCACUGAUUUGGCCUUUAUUGAGGAGGGGACGCCCAACUACACAGAGGACAACCUGGUCAAUUUUUCCAAAAUGAGAAUGAUUUCCCAUAUCAUCCGUGAAAUCAGGCAGUUUCAGCAAACGGCAUACAAGAUUGAUUACCAGCCAAAGGCAGCACUGUAUUUACUGGACAGAAGCUCAGUAAUGGAUGAAGAAGGCCUGUAUGAAGCCUCUCUCAGAAUUGAGCCUAAAGUGCCCAACUGAGAGAGGCUCUGCCUAACGUCUACACAAUGUACAGACACCACGCUCUCUACAGUAUACAUCCUUGUGUUCUGUUAUGUAACAUGAUUAUUACUCCUGGAUGUGUUUCCUUGUUUUUAGUCGUAACCAAAUGUUGCCUAAUUGUUUCAGAUCUUACACCGUUGAUUUCAGCCUAUGUUCUUUAGAAAAUCAUAUUUUUUCCAAAUCCAAAGUAUGCUUUUAACAGUACUUGCAAAAGGAUACAAUCCUAGUUCAAGGUGUGGUUGUCUAUUUAAUUGAUCAGGCUCAUCCACAUCACCGUAAUGAAAUAUGAAACGCCAGGCAGGAGCAUUUUGAGAUUUUAAUAGAUGCAUGUAACUAAUUUACAGUAUAUGCAUACCAUGUAGCAAUGUAGAAAGCAGAUAUAUUACUGUAUACAACCAAGCAUAUAGAAACACUUAUACUGUUAUACUAUUAUAUUCCAUGUCACUGUACUUCGCAGAACCAACUCCAGCAUUUUUCAUCUAUUUGUUGCGAUAAUUAACAUUCGUCCCUUGAUUUCUCAAGGGGUUAGUUGGACAUGCUUAAACUGCCAUGAUAUUUUUUAACAGUUUUGCCAUGACUUAAUAAAGCAGACAGUGAAUAGCUUGGCAAUUGUAUUACAUUAAAAAAGACAUAGGAUAUGUCUUCUGUUGGCCAAUAAGGAUUUUGAUCUGUUCUUGCAUGCACAAUUUAUUUUGCAGACAUUUCUUAUGAUUUCCUCAGCCCUAAAUUAUACUGUUUCUUCACAAAAAGAAGCAAGAUCUGCAUUAUAUUUUUUUGAAACUGAUUGUUUCGUGAUUGUUUACCCAUGUAAUGUUUCCGUUGCUCACAGCCACAUUUCUUAGCUUUUUGGGAAAAAGGUAUUCUGGGUUCAACAAUAUCCUUCUACACCAGAUUAUCCAGCUAUUGUACAUUUACAGACAAUCUAUGUCCUUCUUGCUGUUCCAGUGAUUGUGGAACAUGACUGAAUAUCACUUUGUAAAAUGCAUUGCCGUUUAAGAGUAUGAUCAAAAGUGAAUGACCUUCCCGCUUGCAGCAUACAAAUGGUAUUUUUGUAGUCCUAGAAUAAAGACGUAGGGUUCUGCAUCCUUACCUAAAAAAGAAAGGGGAAAAAAUGACUGUAGAAACAUUUUUGUACAAACAUUGUCAACUCGCCACACAGAAAAGUAUUCUGUAUAUUUUGUACAUGCAGCCCUAUGUAUUUCUUAACAUACUAGUUUAAAGCACACCUCUUUAAAGCGUUGUAUCCUAUGCUUCACACUCAAUGCUAUAUGAUUUGUGAUUUUGAAACCAUGAUCUAGAGGUAGAGGACUUUAAAGUGUUUUUGCAUAUACUGUAAUCCUGUCUAUAAUCGUUCUCUUAGCAGGAAUAUAGUAAUGUAGUGCUUAUUCUGUGAAUAUUUGUAUGUAUUUUUACUAUGUACAGUCUGGAAACACACUAAACGCUCAUGUGGCAGGCAUGCAACACUGUAUCAGCCAGAAACUUUAAAAAGAACAAUAUAU